AUGAAAGGACAUCCGACAUCUGUACAGACACACAUCAAACAAUCCGAUGUCAGACCCAGGGCACCCGACGUCAGACACGAGGCAUCCAGACAUCUAGACUUUUGGACAUCAGACUUCUACACUUCUAGACCUUGGCAUCAGACGUCUAGACAUCACAUAUCAGACAACAGCCAUAUGACGUCUAGCCAUACUGCACCUAGCCACACGACACACAUGACACCUAGCCAUACUGCACCUAGCCACACGACACACAUGACACCUAGCCAUACUGCACCUACCCACACGACACACAUGACACCUAGCCACACGACACACAUGACACCUAGCCACACUGCACCUAGCCACACGACACACAUGACACCUAGCCACAAGACUAGGUGUCACAAGCCACCCUCCACCCUCCAAGACUCUCCAAGACACCCGACACCCAGAAUAACAGUUAUUAGAGCAUCACGCAAAUCGCCCCUCUCCCUCCGCCCACGCCCUCCGCCCACAGCCCACGCCCACCCUCAGACAACAACGCAAGGUACAGUUCCGCCCGCCCCUUACCCCCCCCCCCCCGCUCCUCGACCUCCAUAUCACUGGGGCCCCUAA